GGAUGGGAGGGGAAGAGGCCAGGGGCAGGGAGUGAUGUGCUGCACGCUCGGAGGAAGCGUGAGCAGCACUGCCCACCGAGGGACAGCUGCCGCGGGCUGGGCACGGUGCAGCCGCGGCACCAGCAUGGGCACUGCUGUGGGACUGCGUUCUGCUGGGAGGACACGGACUCUGAGCUCUCCUGGCAUCUACCUGGGCAUCGCUGCCAUGACAUGGGGCAUGGUGCUGUGGGUGGAGGUGGGUGCCUGGACCUACCACUACAGUGACCAAGGGGACUACACGUGGGAGCAGGCCAGGAAUUUCUGCCAGACCUUCUUUACCGACCUGGUGGCAAUCCAGAACCAGCAGGAGAUCGAGUACCUCAACAAGAGCCUGCCCUACCACGGGCGCUACUACUGGAUUGGCAUCCGCAAGCUGGGCGGCAUCUGGACCUGGGUGGGCACUCGGAAGGCUCUGUCCAAGGAGGCAGAGAACUGGGCACUGGGGGAGCCCAACAACCGCCGCUCCAACCAGGACUGCGUGGAGAUCUACAUCCAGCGCCCGCAGCAGUCCGGCAAGUGGAACGACGAGCCCUGCAACCGGAAGAAGAAGGCGCUGUGCUACCGGGCCUCCUGCCAGCCCUUCCCGUGCAGCCAGCGUGGCGAGUGCGUGGAGACCAUCGGGAGCUACCGCUGCGAGUGCUACCCCGGCUUCCACGGCCCUGAGUGCACGGAUGUUGUGCAGUGUGCCAAGCUGGAGCCCGAGGGAGUGCCCAUGAACUGCAGCCAUCCCUACGGAGACUUCAGCUACAACUCCACCUGUGAGUUCAGGUGCCAUGAGGGGUUUGAGCGGCGAGGGGCGGGCGUGCUGCGGUGCCUGCCUUCCCAGGAGUGGUCAGCAAGCAUCCCCACCUGCACAGCCGUCACCUGCCCGGUGCUCAGAGCUCCAGAAAAGGGAGAGCUGAACUGCUCCCACCUCCAUGGGGGCUUCACCUUUGGCUCCACGUGUGCCUUCUCCUGCCAGAAGGGGUUUGUGCUGAUGGGCCCGGAGAGCCGUGAGUGCACAGCCACGGGGACCUGGACAGGGGAUGCCCCACGCUGUGAAGCCAUCAGCUGCCCAGUGCUCAGUGCUCCAGUCCAGGGAGAGAUGCACUGCUCCCACCUCCACGGCAACUUCACCUAUGGAUCCAUGUGUGCCUUCUCCUGCCAGCCAGGAUUUGUCUUGGUGGGGCUGCAGAGCCGUGAGUGCACAGCCUUGGGGACCUGGACUGGGGACAUGCCACACUGUGAAGCCAUCACCUGUCCAGUGCUCAGAGCUCCAGAAAAGGGAGAGCUGAACUGCUCCCACCUCCACGGCAACUUCGCCUUUGGCUCCACGUGUGCCUUCUCCUGCCAGAAGGGGUUUGUGCUGAUGGGCCCGGAGAGCCGUGAGUGCACAGCCACGGGGACCUGGACUGGGGAUGCAACAAGAUGUGAAGCAAUUGCCUGUCCAGUGGUCAGUGCUCCAGAAAAGGGAGAGCUGAACUGCUCCCACCUCCAUGGCAACUUCACCUUUGGCUCCACGUGUGCCUUCUCCUGCCAGAAGAGGUUUGUGCUGAAGGGGCCAGAGAGCCGUGAGUGCACAGCCACGGGGACCUGGACUGGGGAUGCCCCACACUGUGAAGCUGUUACCUGCCCGGUGCUCAGAGCUCCAGAAAAGGGAGAGCUGAACUGCUCCCACCUCCACGGCAACUUCGCCUUUGGCUCCACGUGUGCCUUCUCCUGCCAGAAGGGGUUUGUGCUGAUGGGCCCGGAGAGCCGGGAGUGCACAGCCACGGGGACCUGGACUGGGGAUGCAACAAGAUGUGAAGCCAUCAGCUGCCCAGUGCUCAGUGCUCCAGUCCAGGGAGAGAUGCACUGCUCCCACCUCCACGGCAACUUCACCUAUGGAUCCAUGUGUGCCUUCUCCUGCCAGCCAGGAUUUGUCUUGGUGGGGCUGCAGAGCCGUGAGUGCACAGCCUUGGGGACCUGGACUGGGGACACACCACACUGUGAAGCCAUCACCUGUCCAGUGCUCAGAGCUCCAGAAAAAGGAGAGCUGAACUGCUCCCACCUCCAUGGAGACUUCACCUUUGGCUCCACGUGUGCCUUCUCCUGCCAGAAGGGGUUUGUGCUGAAGGGGCCAGAGAGCCGUGAAUGCACAGCCACGGGGACCUGGACAGGGGAUGCCCCACGCUGUGAAGCCAUCAAAUGCUCAGCACUGACCACCCCCAAGAUGGGCCAGGCUGCCUGCUCCCAUCUCCACGGGGACUUCACCUUUGGCUCCACAUGUGCCUUCUCCUGCCAGAAGGGGUUUGUGCUGAUGGGCCCGGAGAGCCGGGAGUGCACAGCCCUGGGGACCUGGACUGGGAGCCCCACACAUUGCAAAGCCAUCAGCUGCCCAGUGCUGUCCCCCCCCAGCAGAGGCCAGCUGAGUUGCUCUCAUGUGCAUGGGAACUUCACCUACAACUCCACGUGCUCCUUUUCCUGUGAGGAGGGGUUUGUUCGGAUGGGAGCAGAGAUGCUCCGGUGUGAGGCCACGGGGAACUGGACCAGGGAUCCCCCGGUCUGUGCAGAGGAUGGUGCCUUCCUAAAGCAAGUCCUGGCUUACAGCAGUGGCUCAGCCCUGGCAGUAGCUGGUCUUGUGCUCUCUGGGGGGCUGAUUGCCAUCCUUGCCAAGAGGCUCAGUGACAGAGAGGAGAAGAGGAAGCUCCUGAAACCCACCAGUGACCUGGGAGCGCCGGGCACCUUCACCAACACAGCAUAUGAUGGCAACCUGUGAGCCUGCCUGAGACUGAAACCCACCAUGUCCCCCAGGGCUGCAGGCCCAGCAGGAGCUGCUGCGGGAGCACAGAGGGACUCCAUGCCUGUGGUUGUAGCCUGGAGCAGAGCUGCCCCUGGACACUGCUGCCAUGCUGCGUGUGCAGCAUUCCCCUGGGAAGGCAGCUGGAGACCCACCAGAGGCCAAGAGCCAGGUGCUGGGGGCAGCCUGCCACCCAGCUCUUGGACAUUCUCCCACCCGGAACUUGGGCAUUCCUCGAUAGCUGCUCCAUUCACGCUUCCACCAAUGAGCUUGUGUCAGCAGGGUCCGAAUAAACACCUUUGUC